UCUGAUGGGGAUCCUCUAAUCCUGUGAGUCAUAUUAAACUAUGUCCUGACCGAUUAUUCUGAUUCUUAAAACCAGAAGAAAUUAACCUGAUUUACAGGGUCUGUGAGGUCUGAACUGUACCUUCGUGGAUGUAUUUUACUUUUACAUAAGCUACAGUUUGUAGAUACCGGAAUAUUAAGCAAUAUCCAACAGUCAGAUUUUAGACUGAAAUACUACCUUGUUCAUCCCUCCUGUUGGUGAAGCAGCCUUUGAGGACAAGAAGCACCUGUGAUGCAUGAUAAGUAUUGAGAGACAGCAGGAUGAGGAAGUGGCCAACAGCAUGCCGUAAAGUGAUCACACCAUGUGCCUGUAGUUCAUCAGUGGCAGGAGUGCGACCCCUAAUACAUCAUUGCAUGCAAAUCAACAUUCAUGCCAGUCAUAAAUAAACCAAUAAAAAGGAUCUCAACAGCCACGGAUGAGUGUGAGGAUGGACAGUUUCAGUGCAACAACAAAAGGUGUAUACCCACCAUCUGGAGGUGCGACGACGAUGACGACUGCUCGGACAACAGUGAUGAAGAAAACUGUGCCAGGAAGACGUGUGCUCCUGCAGAGUUUGCCUGCUUGAACGGCCAGUGUGUUCCAGGACGCUGGCGAUGUGAUGGGGAACCAGAGUGUCCUGAUGGCUCUGAUGAGGCAGAAGAGACCUGCAGCAAACAGACGUGCCCUCCAGAGAAAUUUGACUGUGGGGGAUCCACCAACAAGUGUGUCUCGUUGUCAUGGAGAUGUGACGGGGAGAAGGAUUGUGAGAACGGAGCAGACGAGGAAGACUGUGCAUCUGAUGCAAAAGCCUGCCCCACGGGUGAGUUCAUGUGUGGCAACCGCAAGUGCCUGGCCCAAGUCUACGUGUGCGAUGGAGAUGAUGACUGUGGCGAUGGUAGUGAUGAGCUCAAAUGUACCUCCCCUCUUACCUGUGGGCCCAAUCACCUUCGCUGUAACACCUCUGAGUGUGUGCCGCUCAUGUGGAGCUGUGACGGAGACCCUGACUGCUCGGACAGCUCGGAUGAGGGCCCAGAGCGCUGCGGGGGUGACGGGGUCCCAUACCGCCGGGCCAACUGCACUGAAGGAGAGUUUCGCUGUGCCAACGGAGAGUGUAUUCGCCUGACGUGGAAGUGUGAUGGAGAUCCAGACUGCAAGGACAAAUCUGAUGAGUCUGACUGCCCCUUGUUGACGUGUCGUCCAGAUGAGUUCCAGUGUGGUGAUGGUUCCUGCAUCCACGGCACCAAGCAGUGUAACAAGGUCCACGACUGCCCAGACCACAGCGAUGAGACUGGCUGUGUGAACGCCACCAAAUGCGAGGGACCCCUGAAGUUUCUGUGUAAGAAUGGAGAGUGUAUCGACAGCUCCAAAGUGUGCGACUCUGCGAAGGACUGCAAAGACCGAUCAGAUGAGCCAAAGAAAGAGUGCGGCUUGAAUGAAUGCAUGAUCAACAACGGUGGCUGCUCACAUGUCUGCAUGGAUCGUCCUAUCGGCUUCGAGUGCCAGUGCCCGACUGGCUAUCAGCUCUUGGACAAGAAGACUUGUGGCGACAUCGAUGAGUGUGAGAACCCAGACGCCUGCAGCCAGAUCUGCAUCAACUACAAGGGGGAUUUCAAAUGUGAAUGCUAUGAGGGUUAUGAGAUGGACCCUGUCACUAAAACCUGCAAGGCAGAAGGGAAGAGCCCGUACUUGCUGUUCACCAACCGGCAUGAGAUCCGACGCAUCGACCUGGUGAAGAGAGACUACAGCCAGGUGGUGUCCACCCAGAAGAACGCUGUAGCUCUGGACCUGGACGUGGCAAACAACCGUAUCUUCUGGUGUGAUCGUUUUCACAGGAAAAUCUACAGUGCCUUCAUUCAUGAGGCCAGCGACCCCUCCCAGCAGGUCCCACUGGUGGAUUCGCUCCUGCAAACCCCUGCAGGUCUGGCUCUGGACUGGCUUCAACACAACCUGUACUGGACUGACUCCGGGGACAAAUCCAUCUCUGUGGCCUCAGUGGACGCCACCAAGAGACGAGUCCUCAUUUACACAGACUUGAGCGAGCCGCGGGCCUUAGCGCUCGAUCCACACCACGGCUUCAUGUACUGGUCAGACUGGGGCACGCAAGCCAAGAUAGAGAAAGCUGGGAUGAAUGGAGUGGACCGACAGGUGCUGGUGGCUGAUAACAUUGAAUGGCCAAAUGGAAUCACUCUAGAUGUAGCCAACAAGCGUCUGUACUGGGUGGACUCAAAGCUACACCUGGUAGCCAGCGUGGACCUGAACGGAGCUCACCGCAGGACUCACAUGUCAUCUGCAGAGAGACUGGGACACCCCUACGCUCUGGCUGUGUUUGAGGAUCGUAUCUACUGGACGGACCGAGACACGGCGUCGGUCUUCAUGGCCAACAGGCUUACAGGUCAGGAUGUCCAGACGCUGGCUGAAAACCUCAACGACCCCCAUGACAUUGUGGUCUUCCACCAACUCCGACAGCCAGAAGGCCCUGACAGCUGUAAUCUGGGCAGUGUGGCGAAUGGAGGCUGUGAGUACUUGUGUCUGAAGGCUCCACAGAUUACAGAACACUCGCCCAAAUACACCUGCGCCUGCCCCGAUGGACAGGACCUGGGGCAAGAUAUGAGGGGCUGUGUGCCAGGAGAACCAAGAAACGACACAACACCAACAUCCUCACCUCCUCCUGACACCAGCUCUGUCACCGAAGACUUCCCACCUCCCUCGGGGGGAGUAUCACAGGCAGACGCCACCCCACACCUGACCACAGCUCCCACUGGUGCCCCAGAUCCCGUCACACCCCUCUCCACUCUGAAGCCUCUGUCAUCACAAGCAUCAAAGGCCCUGGGCUCUCACUCAACUGCCACUGCUAUGGUCGUGUCCACCACACCUGCAGGGGACAGCAGUGUCUCUCAACACUCUGGAAGCGAGCAUUUCCUCCUAGGCGAGAACCUGACGGUGGCUGUUUUGGGGGUGGUCAUCCCCAUCGUUCCUAUCGUUGCCACAGUGGUGUUCGGCCUGGUGUGUGCUGGAGUCUACAUGGUUUGGCGGAACUGGCGACGCAAUUCCACCAAGAGCAUGAACUUCGACAACCCCGUCUACCGCAAGACCACCGGCGAGGGAGAAGAGGACGAGAUCCACAUUGGCCGGACUGACGGCAUGGGACACCACGCGCAUCACCACCCAUAUCCACAGGGCGUCAACAUGGGAGUCGUCGGGGCAGGAGGCGGCACCUGCCCGCAGUUUAUCGCACUGCCACUUGGGGGCAGCAUGCCUGACCCGGGGACUCACUGGUACACGGAGCAGCCCAUGCUUUCCACUGCAAAGUGACCGACAAGAGCGGACUCCCAGGUGAAGACGGCCGCUCAGGCACACGCACACACAGAGAGGUCAGGGGUCACUUGGACUGAUUUUGCUUGAAGGGUGGAAGAACAUAUCAUCGAGUUUUACAUGCAGCCAAACGUCCUAUGCCAAACUCCAUUUGAAAAACCGCUGAUUUAAUAACACAAACUUUGUUCUUUAAAAAACACUUUCAUACCUUUUUCAGUGCUGCAGAUGGAUUUUCAAUGGUUAAUGUUGAGAGUUGAUAGCAGAUUUUUUUCGUGUUUUAAUGUGUACCUGACCUGAACUGGAAUAUGAAGUCAGUCUGGUUCCUCUUUUAAAUCCUUUGCGAUGAUCACUGAGUGAGAUGUGUGCUGUGUGUCUUAUAUUUUGUGGCAGGGCUAGUGUGAGCUUCUGUUUCAUCUUCAAUGUUUUAAUUUGUGCCAUUCCUGGUGGGCCAUGAUGGAGCUCUGGGGGAACUGUUUGGGAGGGAGGAGCUCUGAAACUAGGACAGCACCUGCGUUGAUGGGACAAUCUGUACAGAUUCAUGUAAGAUUUGAUCACAAAUGUCAUAGAUGUCAUAACUGGAGAAUUGUUUUGUGGUUAACAUUUUCUUGGAUCUGUUUUCUUCAGUAAGAUUUCUUUGACUGAUUUCAAGAAAGCCACCCACCCACCUUAUGUGCUUUCUUUCUGGUUCAGGAACAAGCUUUUUAAGGGUGAGUUGUCUUGAGUGCAGCUUUAACUCAGAUGAUUUGGGGGUUUAGGUUUUCAUUUGAACUCCAAACCUCCAGAGUUUUAGAUGAAUGAAUCAGGUUCUCGCACUGGCAAAAAGUAAAUCGAGGCAUCCAGAGCUUCUUAGAUCUUUGUUGUCUAAGAGCAGAGAGGAUGAGAUGUUAGAGAGGUUUUACAGAGGAGUUCUGUUACUGUGAAUUGUUGAGUUGUUAAAUGGUUCAAGAAAAGCAAUAGACCGCAGCUUUUAGUCGGGCUGAGGUGUUAGGUGGUUGGUGUUAUGAAUAUUAUUUGAUCACCCAUUUUUGACUGUGACAAAUGCGCACAUAGAUACACAUGGGGUGGGGGCAAUGAUAGCAAAUUCCCGAUGUUCUCCAGAGGACAGAGACAACGUGGACUUGCCCCCCUGAAAAUACAAACCGCAUGCAUAAUUGCCCACCAACUGACAAUGCAGCCAUUCAUUGUUUCAGGCAAGACACACACAUGAAUGCACGCACACACUCACAAAAGUAAGCUGGAUGCCGUAGCCUGCUCUCGUCCUCCUGAGAAGGCAGAUAUCUGAGCAGACAGUUUGGACGGCUCCACGUGGGCGGUCUCAGCUGGUGGCUGCACAAUGCAAAAGACCCGUCAUGUGAUGUAACCACUGAAAACUUUAAUCUGACUGUGAUGUAACGAGACCAAAUUGUCCAAUCAGUGAUCAUGUUUCAUACGCAUAAAGUCCUGUUAUUAACACUGUUACUCCGUCUAUAGACCUGAAAAGUCUGUGUGUGUGUGUGCUUGUGUGUGUGUGUGUGUUCAUUAUUCUGCAUGUGAGUGCUACCGUUCAUCCCACAGCCAUAUAUGAACUGUUUUGUAUGCUCUUUGUUGCACAACCCUCUUUGAAUGCCUUCUGUAUUGUGUACUGCAUGGAAGACAAGGUGUGUGGAUACACAGGUGUGUACGAGCGUGUGUGUGUUGUGUGUGCGUGUUGUGUGUAUGUGUGUGACACUGGAGAAGCGUUGAGGGUGCUUUUUGAUUCAUUGAUUUGUAAAUAUGUUUUCAUAAGGUUUUUGAUAAUGUAUUAUACAAUUAUGUAAAAGAGAAGCUGUAUAUAAGAUUUUAGAUAAAGUGUGGACAGGUAUAUUAAUUUAUUUGUAUAAAAGGAGAGCACUGCAUUCCCUGAUUGUAAGAAAAUCAGAAUUUUCCACCAAAGUGGUUUUGUGUUGUUUCUUGCUGUGCGCCAUUUAACAUCUUUUUCAUGUGAAGCCUCUUUUUUCUUUGUAGUACAAAUUGUGUCCCCUCCUGAAAUCUCUCACAUUUUUGCAACAUAUCCCAACCUUAGUGUUACUAAAUGAUGGACUUUUGUUUUUAUUGUGCCUUUUUUGUUUACUUUUUCAUUUUCUCUAAUGUUUUUUCAUGAAAGGACAGGGAUAAGCCAACUACUGUACAUGCAAAGAUGAACUGUACUAAGUCCAAACUGGUUCCACUUUUUGAUUUUCUGUAAUGGAUUACUUUUGAAUAUCUCUAUAUAUUGAUAUAUAAAACCGGACUGAAAAUUUCC